AUGGCUACCGUGGCUCAUCUGGCGCCUCUCGUUCCCCGCAGCCAUCGCACCAUCAGCACCGCGCGAAACGUCAUCGCGUGCCUUCUCCUCGUAAACAGCGUCAUCGCCAUUCUCUUCUUCAACCUCCUUCCUCAAAUCCCCAUGCGGUCUGACUUGAGAACAGACGAACUCUCCUUUCUCGCUUCGGGAAACGAGAUUAAUGAAUCGAAUUCCUUGGAUUUCUCAGAGGGAGGACGCGUGCCGAGCGAGGUAGAGGAGGAAAGUGGUGGAUCGGCAUUCCCUGAGGCAGAAGCAGUUGACGCAUUCAUGAACCCGCAGCUCUUCUCUCUGGAAGAGCUCGCACGCCGCGAGGUGCUUACGACAGCUCGCAGCGACAUGCUGCGACGCAUCGACGACGAGUUGCGACGCGACGACUCGGGAAAAACGUGCUCGCAGAAGGUCGCGUUUGUCGCAUGGGCUGACGGAAACCGUGCGACUCUAGUCAGAGGGAAUACCUCCAUUGCUUGCGAAGCAGACCCGCUGAUGGCGAAUGAGACUCGUUCAGUCUCUGUAGCGCCGGUGGAUCUGCCUGCAAGGCGUGAGUUUCUCUUAGAGGUUCGCGCCGCUAUUGCCGCCAUGACCAAUGUGAACCAAUCCGAGCUUGACGCGCUUCAGAUGAAGCUUCUAGACUUCGAAAAGCAGCAGAAGCAGCGAGAAUCGAAUGCAUUUUUCGAUGCAUGGCGUCGCGCAAACCCCCAGGUGACAUGGCCGCCCCGGAAUGCGUUCUCCUCUGGCCUCGCGAAAAGGAAUGAGCUGCCUCCUCGCCAUCCGCGGAAACCAAGCCGGGACGUGCGGAAGCUGUUCCGACGGAGUGACGAUUCCGCAGCCAAUGCGCGAAGAGCAGAGGAUGCUAAAGCGUGGAGCAAGGCGCGGCUUGGGGACGAUCAGAUUGUGAUGGUGCUGUUGGUGCACAACCGGCCCGCGUAUCUCAGACGGACUCUCGCAGCCAUGCGACGCGUGGAAGGCAUUCGAGAUGUGCUGCUCAUUGUAAGCCAUGAUGGGUACUACCCCGAGAUGGACGCCAUGGUGAGGGCUAUUGACUUCUGCCCCGUGAAGCAGAUCUACUUCCCCUUCUCCCCUCACCUCUUCAACGGCACCUUCCCUGCAGCCUCCCCUGACGACUGCCAAGGCCGGCUGCCUAGGAGUGAGGCCGCCUGGGGGGAAGAAGAAGGUGACGAAGGGGAUGGUGGAGGAGGAGGAGAGGGACCGGAGGAAGGGAAGGAGUGGGUUGGCAAUUGCAGUGGACAGGUGGAUCAGUUUGGAAGGUUCAGAAACCCUCGGAUAAUAUCUCUCAAGCACCACUGGUGGUGGGCGAUGAACGCGGUGUGGGGGGGCGUGGAGGAGACGCGGGGGUAUGGAGGGCACGUGGUGUGGGUGGAGGAGGACCAUCUGCUCUUCCCCAACGCCCUGCGCCACCUGCGCGCGCUCCUCCACGCCAAGCACGCGCGCUGCCCCCACUGCAUCGCCGCCAACCUCGCGCCCUCCGAUGUGCAUGAGUGGCAGGACAGUGGGCCGCGGUCGUUCUCUGUGGAGACCAUGGGGAACAUCGGGCUGCUCGACCUGUUUAACGGCAGGAAGGAAUGCGAAGCCCAAUCAUUCUUCGACACGUGGCGUCGCAUGAACCCGCACGAGCCGUGGCCGCCUUCCUCGCCUCUCUCUCGGCGGCUCGAGGAGUGGAAUCACCGGCCGGCGAGAGCGCCCGUGGCGGCGGGAAACGCGGAGAAGAGCGGCGGCGGGAUGGGGCUGCUGGCGAAUCUUCGUGCGCAAGUGCGGCGACGCGCGAGAGGGAAGCGCGCUAGCAAUAUCACUGCUACUACUGGUAGCAGUAGUGAUAGCAGUACUAAUGUAACCGGAUCGCGAGGCCCGUGGAAGAAACGGUUGAGCGACUCGGAUGUGGUGAUAGUGCUGCUGGUGCACAACCGGCCGGCGUACCUGCGACGCACGCUGGAGGCGCUGAGCAAGGUGGAAGGCAUUCAAGACACGCUGCUCAUCGUCAGCCACGACGGGUACUACCCCGAGAUGCACGCGCUGGUGCGCGGAAUCACGUUCUGCGCCGUCAAGCAGCUCUACUUCCCGCUCUCCCCGCACCUCUUCAACGCCUCCUUCCCCGCCGCCUCCCCCGCCGACUGUCAGGGGAGCGCGCACGACACCACGGGAGGGGGAGAAUGCACGGGGCAAGCGGACCAAUACGGGACGUUCAGGGAUCCGCGGAGGCUGUCUCUUAAGCACCACUGGUGGUGGGCGAUGAACGCGGUGUGGGGGGGCGUGGAGGAGACGCGGGGGUAUGGAGGGCACGUGGUGUGGGUGGAGGAGGACCAUCUGCUCUUCCCCAACGCCCUGCGCCACCUGCGCGCGCUCCUCCACGCCAAGCACGCGCGCUGCCCCCACUGCAUCGCCGCCAACCUCGCGCCCUCGGACGUGGACUCGAUACAGGACGACGAGCCGGAGGUGUUUUCAGCGGAGCGCAUGGGCAAUGUGGGGUACGCGUUCAAUCGUAGCGUGUGGGAGCUCAUUCACGCGCAGGCCAAGCCGUUCUGCCUGUACGACGACUACAACUGGGACCUGACCCUCUGGUCGUCCGUGCUGCGCCGCCUGCCCUCCUCCUGGUCGCUGCGCUGGUCCCGUGCUAGCGCCCACCACGUGGGUUCGUGUGGGCUGCACUCAGGGCAGGGGGACUCGCAGGGCAAGAGUAACACUAGUGCAGCUGCUGCUGUGAAGGGGAGUGGUGGGGGAGGGAGUGAGACGGAUGGGGAGGAGGGGAAGGAGGGGAAGAGUGUGGGGUGUAGUACAGGAGAGGAUGGGAUAGAGAAGGUGCAGUUGCUGGAUGAGGACCAUUGGAUGAUGGUGAAUGCCUCGGCUCCUGUCGUGGAACGAGAUGAGGAGAAGCGGUGGACGAUGUUCCAGGGAUGGGUGUGCCUGGACGGGUCCGCGCCAGGGUUCUACUACCGCCGAGGCCAUGGCAGCGGCGCUAACAAAUGGCUCCUCAACUUCCGGUCGGGCGCAUGGUGCAUGACCCCGUGGGACUGCUACAACCGCAGCUCGUCGCUGUGGGGCAGCUCCAACCACUUCCCUGACGUGCUGCCCACACCCGGCAUUCUCAGCGCGCAGAGCGACGUCAACCCCGAUCUGUACGACUGGAAUCUGGUCAUUUUCCCGUACUGCGAUGGCGCAUCCUUCUCUGGUGACAGGCACGAACCGCUGGUCUUUGAGGGAGUACCGCUCUUCUCGCGCGGGCGGCGCAUCCUCGACUUCUUGCUCGCACACCUCACAGCAAGAUUCCACAUGGGCACAGCACAGCGGGUGCUUAUAUCGGGGUGUUCAGCGGGUGCACUGGUGGUGUACCUACACUGCGACUACAUCCGCCACGCACACAUGCCCCCAUCCGCAUCCGUUCAGUGCCUUGCAGACUCGGGCCUCUUCCUUGACAUUCCAGACAUCAGUGGCGGCAGGGCGGCUCAAACGCUCUUCCGAUCUGUGCUCACCAUCCAUAAUGUGACUGGCAGUCUUCCCGCUUCCUGCGUCUCCUCUCGUCCACCUGAAGACCAUUAUCAGUGUUUCAUGUCAGCACAGCUACUGCCCCUCCUCAAGACGCCCACCUUUAUCAUCAACAGCAACUACGACCUCUGGUUGCUGCGGCAUGCGCUGGCCCCACCAGAGGCGGACCCGUCUGGCGAGCUCAUUGCCAGCUGCUUGAGGAAGCUGCACACGUGCAACCAAUCACAGCUCGCCACCUUGCAAGGAGUGCGGGACACAGUCACAGCAAAUGUGGCACCCCUCCUGCCACCCACGGCAGCCGCCGGGGGAGGGGAGCAGUUGGGUGUGCAGCAGCAGCACGGGGUGUUUCUGUUCUCCUGCCUCACCCACUGCACGAGCCACUACGAGGACCACUGGCUGCGACUCACCGUGCUCAACCAGACGCUGAUGCAUGCUGUGGGCAAGUGGCUGCGAACUGUGGACGCUACCACAGAUGCACAGAGCACCAGCACCACGCACGGUGGCGUAGAUGGGUUUGAGGCGGUGCUGAUAGACUGCCCGUACCCGUGCAACUCAUGCAACGUGCGGGCACCGCCUCCCAUGCCACCCACAGCACAAAAGCAGGUGGAAGCAAGUCAAGGGCAGGAGGGGCCCAGGCAAGGGCAGGCAGGGGUAGCAGAAAAGCAGGCUGUUCAAGGGCAAGCAUUGCAAGCGCAGGUCAACACAGGUGCUGCUCAGGGGCAGGUCAAGACAGAUGCCCCACCAGGGCAGGUGGGAGCACAGGCAGGGCAGGUGCAGGUGACAGAGGUGGUGCAGAGGGAUGGGGGUGUGCAGGUGACAGAGGUGGUGCAGAGGGAUGGGGGUGUGCAGGUGACGACAGCGCAGGCUGGACUGGUGAAGCCAGAAACAGGUGGAGUUCAAACUACUGUGUGA